UUUAGUUCAUGAAUCAUGCAGACCCAAGGCUCCAACAUGAAAUCACUCAUUUGUUCCAUUUUUCCAUGGACUGAAAAAGUUGGACAGUUAAUGCCAGAAGCUAUUGCAAGAAUGGGGAUUUUUCUACCUCGUAAUGCUUUCAGGAACUAAACCACUUCACUCAGAUUCUGUGAAUAGAGAGAAGAUUGGGAGCAGGAGUGUGGGGAUAACGGAUUGGAAAAGGAGAAUGGAGGAAAUGUACAGCUCCAUCUCCACAGAAAUAAUUUCAUCUUGUACGUGACCUCACUUCCUGGAAAGGAUCCGGCCAACAGACAUGGCUUGUGGUUAUCAGGUCAAAAGGUAUUUUCUGUGAAAGCUGCACAUCCCCACCGCACAGUCAUCAUGUCUAAUCCAACAAAAGAUGAUAUUUAUGCAUAUGCCCUGUCCAAGACCCUGACAAAAGUUUCAUCACCUGCAACUGUAGGACUCUACUCUUCAUGUCAGGAUCGAAUUAACAUGAUCCUCAGACAAAUGGAAGUGUGCAUGGACAAGGAGGCUGUGAGGAUUGAGGAGGAUCACAAAGAAAAGCCUCAUUCAGCUAAGCCUUCGUUUUCAGGCUUUCUAGCGCUCAUGGGCCGACUGCUCUUCUACAGACCCAUUUGGAAGAAUCAGCAGUACCCUAACGUCAGGUUCAUUCACGUGCAUUUUAGUGCCUGGCAUUUUGCAGGCAGUGACCUGCUUUGGGCUGGGCUAGCCAUACGACUGUUUCAGGCCAUGCAGAUGAACUUUGGGAAAUUACACCUUGUACUCUACCGUGUGGCUCAACAUGAUGAAGAGGAGGAAGUUAAGAGGAGGAUAGUGGAGGAUGUUCCUGACAGUUGGAGGUCCAAGAAGAUUUGCUGUUGUCCUCUGUGGUUUCUCGUCCUGUCCAUUCUUUUUGUACCGCUUGUCAUCCUGGUAUUUGUUUUGACAUUUGGCUUUCCCAAACCUGAGAUUAAACCAGACGAGGAGGUAGAUAAAAGAAAUGGCCAGGUUGCCGUGCUGGAGGGUCUGAUCAUCGCUGCAUUAGGAGUUCCUGCAGCGAGCGUAUUGAGGUUUACCUUUAUGAUGGGUAAGAACUUCAUCUUCAGCCAGGAAAUGAACAUUAAGAAAGGCAUGGACAACGAACGGGUCAGCAGCCAACUGGGCUUCAUGAACGAGGUGAGAAAGGAAAUGUGGUUCCUGACUCGCUUCAUCCAGUUUAUGGAAACUUUUGAGAGGAGAAGGAUUCGAGUGGUGCUGAAGAUCACCAGUCUGGACCGGUGCACGCCCAAGAAAAUUGUUGCAGUUCUGGAUGCCAUCAACAUCCUUCUCUCUGAUGAGGAGAGUCCAUUUAUUUCCAUUCUGGCAGUAAAUCCAGAUGUUCUUAUGCAGAAAGUGAACUUUGCAGACGGCUGCUUCAGCAAAGAGGAUAGAGCUUAUGCACUGUUGAACCGCAUUGUGACUCUGGCCUUUACAGUCCCACCACUGUGCGAUGAUUUAAAGCGAAGUUUGUUUUACAGCCUCACAAGCAAUUCAGUAUUCCCUGAGGGUGAAAGCAUGAGGCAAGAUGAACAUAGAACUGGGAAACCCAAAAAGACAUCUUCCUCAGAUGAAACUGAAGUAGAUAUUGAACUGGAAGAGUCAAAUGCACUGAUCAAUAAAACAUCAACAGCACUGGAUGUAAAAGAAAAUGAAGUGGAUGUAAAAGAUGAGGAAGUAGAGUCGCUGAUCAAGAGUAUCCUGACCAGCAAUGAAAAAAAUAUAAACAAGUACAUGGUAGACGAUGCUACUUCUAUGAGGAGGGUGAUCAACUCCAUUCGAGUGACUGCGAUAAUCAUGAAGGGCUUGGGAAAAAAGCUACAACCAGGAAAAGUUGCAGCAUGGGUGGUGUUAGCCAAUCAGUGGCCCUGCCGACUCAGCUGGAUCAUUCAGUGUGUUGAAGAUGCUCAACAAAGAGCAGAUAUUGAUGGUCAGAGUGUGACCAACAUUGAUGAUUCCAAGACCUUGUGGGAAGUCUUCAGCAAGUCCAGGGCAGAGCUGUAUGUGAUGAGUGCGCAGAUUGAGGACCUCCUCGAGCAGGAUGGAGAUCCUGAGAUGUUUGAAAAAUUUCUCAAAGAUUUCGAAUUCACAGUAAAGGACUUAAAGACCUUUGAAAUGGUGACGGUAAACCUGGAUCAUUCAAUUAGAAAGGAGCUGGCUCAGAUCAGAGGGACAUCCAGGCUGAGAGAUUCAGGUUGGAUGAGGGACCUAGCUCCUCUGCCUCUCACAACUAUCAUCAAAAUGAGUACACAGGAUAUAUGCAACGAGUUUAAGAGGAUGAAUUACCCUGGGAUGGAUUUCAGCAAGUAUAUUGAUAAAGUGAAAAGCAAUUACCUCAAUGGUUUGGCACUGCUCUUUGGUGAUACAGAUAAGCUUAAAGAUCUCCUAGGUAUGACCUUCGGUGAAUGGGCAACUUUCAAACUGCACUUCCUGGGUUUACCAGCACAUCUCCGACCACAAUACAAGACCAUGCAACUGUCACCUUCUCAUCCUCUGAACCAGCUUUGGAGAUUUAACGCACAUGUUGCCAAUCAUUACUCGCCUAAUCCCAGUCUGGUUAAUAGCUGUAUGUAAGAAUCCAGGCUGUUUCCAUGACAGCUGCGGUGUUACCUGGGUGGAGGAGGAAGAUAAAAAGCUAUGAAACACAUCACCUCAAGAACACACGCACAGCAACUGUUGCUUUACCAUUUACAACCAUUUUCAGUUCCAUUAAAAUUUAUAAAGUUACAUUAUUACUUAUCACAUGACAUUAAGACUCUGGAAAAUAAGCUCUAGAGUCUCUAUUUUCAGACACUUAAUCAUACCUAACAUGCAUGAGAGGAUAUUUAUCCAAACUCAUGGGUGCUCCUGUAAUGAUUUACUGUAUACUAAAGUUCACAGUGAGGAAUAAUAUGCCCAAAACUGCAACAUGAUUGUAGUUUUAACACUAUUUUUUUAAUUUUUUACUUUUGCAUCUACUGUAAGUUUUUACUGUGACUUUUAUUGUGGAAUCUGUGGAUGUUUUUAAGGUGUGUGAUUUGUUUAUUCUCAUGAAACUCUGGACAGUAUGAUACAGGCAUAAUAAGCUUGUAUCUAUUCAGAACCCGGAAAGCCAUUAACAGGGUAUAUUUGGUGUAAUGUGUUCAGGAAAACUUUAUUGAUCAUUCAGCAGAAAAACCAAUGACUGUAUUUGCUGCAAUAAAAUGUUAUUCUCCAUGUCAUGCAAAUCAAGAAAAUGUAAACACUGACAAAUUAAAUGUGCUGGCAAGUGUUCCAUAAUAAAAAUGCUCAUCCAAGCAAA